UAUAUUAUUUUGUUGUCACCGCUGCGCUAAACUAUAUGUAUAAACUCCGUCGGUGCAUCAAGGCUGGCUGACUCAACUCCUAUAACUUUCCAAACUUUGCGCAGAUAGUCCUCAACUUUAGGUUUUGAACCAUUCCACCCUCACAAAUGCAAGCUUCGUUCCAGAGAUAGCCUUAUCUCUUAUCAAAUGCAGGCCACAAAUCUGCACCAGCCAGAAAUCCUCUUUUCCCCACCUCGGCCAUGGCUACGCACACCCUCCAUUUCGCUCCAUCUCCUCUGCUCCCUCCCACCAAACCAAACCUCAGCAGCAAAUUCCCUUCUUCUGGAUUCAACUACAGAACCGAGAGAUCCUUCAAAUCCGUCGCGGUUCGAUCAUACAAAGUGGUGAUUGAACAUCAGGGCGAGUCCACGGAGCUUGAAGUCGAGCCAGACGAGACCAUACUAUCCAAGGCACUGGACUCCGGUUUAUCCGUGCCUCAUGACUGCAAGCUCGGAGUGUGCAUGACUUGCCCUGCGAAGAUAGUCAGCGGCUCAGUCGAUCAGAGUGACGGCAUGCUCAGUGACGACGUGGUGGAGCGCGGCUACGCGUUGCUCUGUGCCGCAUACCCGACGUCGGAUUGCCACAUUAGAACCAUUCCCGAAGAAGAUUUGCUGGCGCUGCAGCUCGCAACGGCUAAUGACUGAGAGUGAAAUUUGUUGAACAUUGUGGUUGUCUGGUUGAAUGUGUAAUCUCUUCUAUCUCGCUGGAUUGGAUUGCUGUGUUUUGCUGUAACUGGGUAGUAAACUCUGUGUUGAGAAUUUUGAGAAUGCAGUGGGACAUUUUACAUUACUCGCUUCUGUGUAUCCCCUGUAUCAGAACU